UGCAGUAUGAUUUAGAUUCCAGUCAUGUUUCGGUACGUGCUAUAUAUAUAUCAGUCGCUGCGGCUGUGACGCUGUGUUGUCUUCAGGAGGACCAGUCUAACGGCAAAAACACCGCCAUGACUGACCUACUUUCCGUCGAAUACGAGAUCUACGGGGAAGUUCAAGGUGUCUUCUUUCGAGAUAACACCCGUAAGCAGGCCCGGCGGCUGAACCUGGUGGGGUGGGUACAGAAUACCCGACAGGGCACUGUGGCAGGCGUGGUGCAGGGGCCCAGGAACGCUGUCGACCAAAUGAAGCACUGGCUGAGGCAUGUCGGGAGUCCGAUGUCGAGAAUCGAAGGGGCGUCGUUCGACGAGAAAAGCAUCGCCCGACUGGAGUUCGGAAACUUCGACAUUUCGUACGGAGGCCGACGUCAUUAAGUCGGCGACAUGUCACCUUGUGCGACCUUGGACUAUUUUUGUUAAAAAAUAGAGAGGGAGAACAUCGUGAGCUUCAAUGUUCUCUUUAGCUCCAUUUCACAACCGUUCUAUGACUAUGGCUGUCAUCUUUCAUCUGUCAAAAACAACACUAGUAACUAGUUGAGGUAUCCUUGCGGCAUAGACGAGAUAAUAAACCCAUGAUGUGCUAGAAAUAAACCCAUGAUGUGCUA